UCCAACUCGAAUCAAUUUCUAGGGUUUAUGUUUCUCACAAAUGUACAAAUCACCGUACCAAAUCCACCCAUUGAACGCCCCCAAAACCCUAAUUCCAUUGCAAUUCACCAAUUCCAGUUCAACCUUAUAAAGAUCCACCCUCAAUUUCAAGUUUCCACGAAGCAAAAUGGUACGAUUUUACAUUCAUUUCUGUUAAAUUCUGAAAUUAGGGUUCCAAUUGUUGUUUCAAGUUGUUUGAUUUCGAAUGAAUUCAGUUUUGUUGUUAAGAAUCCCUUGAUGAUACGAGGGUUUGAAUAUGAACAAUGGAUGUAGAGUAGAUACCGAUAGAUUCGAUAAAUCCGAUAGGGAGCGUGUAGGUGCGGAUGAAUUCGGUAGGUCUAUAGCGAAAGUAGCGGUGGGGCAGAUAUGCGAGCGUCUCGGUUUUUAUAGUGCGAAUGAUUCGGCUUUAGAGGCUCUUGCUGAUAUUGUUAUUAGGUAUGUGAAGGAUUUGGGGAAAACCGCAAAGUUUUACGCGAAUGUGGCGAAUAGAACGGAAUGUAAUGUGUUUGAUGUGAUUCAAGGGUUGGAGGAUUUGGGGUCGUCGGUUGGGUAUCCGGGUGGGUCGGAGGGGUGUAGUAGUGUGUCAGCGUCGGGGGUGAUGAAGGAGGUUAUGGAGUAUGUUGAAGGGGUUGAAGAAGUUCCGUUUGCUCAACCUGUUGCGAGGUUUCCGAUUGUUAGAAGUAGGAGGUUGACGCCGAGUUUUGUGCAGAUGGGUGAGACGCCUGAGUUUAAGCAUGUGCCGGAUUGGUUACCUGCGUUUCCGGAUCCACAUACUUAUGUUUACUCGCCGGUUUGGAAUGAAAGGACUUCGGAUCCUAGAUCGGAUAAGGUUGAACUCGCUAGACAAAGAAGGAAAGCGGAAAGCUCGUUGUUGAGUUUGACGAAACGGUUGUUGUCUAGUGGUUCGGCUGUAACUUCCACCGUUGAAGCUGCUAACGGCGGUAAAAAGACCCGAUUUCUUGCGCUUACCGAUGGUCAAACGGUCAAACAGUCAGCCGAAGGUGAGAAAGCGGUUUUCGAGACAGAACUUAAUCCGGUUGUCUUGCCAGGUAAACACGUGAACGAUUCUAAUACAGAGAAUCAUGUAUCUAUAUUGGAAACUUUUACACCUGUUAUAGAAGCUAUUAACGGAAGGGUUUCAGAGUCGGGUGAGAACGGAGAACGAGAUUUUCUAGAUAAACGGCCUUCGGUUCGAUUAAAUUUCAAUAACGGUAGAAAAAUGAUCGGUGAUUCAUUGGAUUUGAGACUAUGGAACAGGGGUACAGGGAGAAUUUCAUCGUGGUUCGGACGCGAUGACGUCAUGGAUGACAAGAAACGGAGAGCCGAAUAUAUUUUAAGACAAUCGAUGGAAAACCCGCUGGAUCUCCCUCAAUUGUAGAUGAAAUUACUGAAUUGCCCAUGAUGGGAAACAUACCAUCUAACUUUUUUUCCGAAAGAAGCUUUGAUGAAAAUUAGAUCAAUGUAGGUGCUCGGUGUGUAUCUUCAAAACUCAUCCAGGUUUCUUAAUGUUUGCUAAAGAAAUCAUUUAGACAAUUGAACAAUUUAUGUGAUUAUCUUGUUGUCUGUUUCAAUUUGUUAUUCUUGUGAUUAUCGUUUUAUUAGAACUUUAUACAAUUCAGUAGAUGUUGAUUCUUCUGUGUAUGAAACUUUGGAUAGCAAUAUCGAAUUGUGUA